AUGCCUUCCAGCCAUUCGGACUCGGCAUUGACCAACGGUCACGACCAUGCCCAUCCCCCGCCACCAGCGACCGGCAAGAAGGCAAAGGGCAAAAAAGCCAUGGACUCUAACGAAGCGUCGCGGCUGCUGCAGGCCCGAAUCUCACAGCUGGAGCAGGACGCUGCGGGAGAAAAGGAUCAGGAGCUUGAGAUCGAGCGAGAAGUUAAGCGAGCCAACCGCGACCUCAUGCAGCAAGUUGCCAAAAUGGACGACAUGCAAAAGAUUGAUCACUUGACGAAGCGCUCGAGCGAGCUGCUGGCCGACAUGCGUCGCUUGGACAAGGAGAACCAAAAGAAUAAGAAGCGCGGCGACCUCUUGCAAAAAGAACGCGAUGCCAACCGCACGGAGCUGAGCAAGACUGUGGGCCUGAAGGAGAAGCUCGAGAAGUUGUGUCGCGAGCUGCAGCGAGACAACAAUAAGAUGAAGAACGAGAUCAAGGACCUUCAGACCACGCAAAAACGUAACAACGCGAGCUGGGAUGACAAGUUUUCUUCUCUUCUAGCGAAGCUGGAGGGCUACCAAGAGGAAAAGGACACGCCUCGAAAGCAGGUGGUCGAUAUGGAAGUGGAGGAGUUGUUCCGAGUCCGGUUUAAGUCGUUCAUUGAGCAGUACGAGUUGCGCGAGCUGCACUUCCACUCGCUCAUGCGCACCAAGGAACUCGAAGUACAGUAUCACCUGGCGCGCCACGAGCGCGAAAAGAAGAACGCAGAGGCCGAGGGCAACAAGGCUCGCCACCUCCAAGCACAAGUCCAGGCCUUCACCAAGACGGAGACGGAGCUGCGCAAUCAGUUGAACGUUUACGUGGACAAGUUCAAGCAGGUCGAGGAUACCCUCAACAACAGCAACGACCUCUUCUUGUCCUUCCGGAAGGAGAUGGAGGACAUGUCGAAGAAAGGUAAACGGCUCGAGAAGGAGAACGAGGCGCUGAAGCGGCAGAAGGAGGCAACGGCCGCGAACAUCAUCCGCAUGGCCGAGGAGCGGCAGGACUGGAAGAAGAAGGUGGACGCGGCGGAGAAGAAGACGGAGAAGCUCAUGAGUAUCAUCCAACAGAUGCAGCAACAGGGCCGCAAAGUCCCACCGGGCAUGGCCAGCGCGGUGGAGAGCAGCUACUCGAAUGGCCAGGGCGGCGGCGAUGGCGAGGAGAGCGACUACUCUGACGAGGGCGACGAGGAAGGACUUAGCGAGUUCGACGACGACGACACGGAAGAGGAAGCGCAGCCGGCCGACCAGCCAGCGCGGCCCGUCACGUACGGGCCUGAACGGCCGCCGCAGGCACAGGCACAAGCGCCGGCGCCGGCGCAGGCGCAGGCAGCAAUCAACGGACACUAG